CCAGUUGAUUCUGGUGAAGCAAAGAGUUUUUACUGCGCUCUUCGAUGACUACAGUUAUGGAAUUGUGGGUCAAAUUCAUUGAUUUUCAUCCAGAAUGAAGUUCAUCAUUUUCUUAAUCUGCGUACCUUUUGUUUACUCAGAGUUACACAGGUUCAUCACCACAUACACUGGAAUAAAUGGAACAACAAUUGCAGGAAUCCCAGAGUUUUCUGCUGUAACUACACUGGAUGAUCAACAGAUCGAUUAUUAUGACAGUAACAUUAUGGAACUGAUUCCCAGAAAGAACUGGAUAAAGGAUUUUGCAUCUACACACAUGUGGAAAAAAGACACUAAGAUCAGAAAACAUGUGCAGCAGAUCUACAAAAACAACAUUCAUGUUGUAAUGCAGCGAUUCAAUCAGUCACAUGGUGUUCAUACGUAUCAGAGGAUGUAUGGAUGUGAGUGGGACGAUGAGACUGGAGACUCACAAGGGUUUGAUCAGUACGCUUAUGAUGGAGAGGAUUUCAUCUCACUGGACCUGAAGGAGCUCAGAUACAUCACACCUGUACCACAGGCAGAGCUAACAGUGAUGAAGUGGAAUAAUGACAGAACACAGCUUGAAUUACUUAAACAAUACUACGAGGAUGAAUGCGUUUACUGGCUGAAGAAGUUCUUAAAUUUGUCUAAAGCUACUCUUGAGAAAGCAGAGCCUCCUAAAGUGUUUCUGUUGCAGAAGAACCCAGGGAAUUUUAUGUGUCAUGUCACAGGUUUUCUCUUCAGAAACACAACCAUUUCAUGGAGGACGAAUGGACGAGAUGUAAACAAUUCUUGUAAAUUGGAGACUGGAGACACGCUACCAAAUGAGGACGGGACCUUCCAGAGGAAUCUUACCCUCUAUGUCCUUUCAGACAAAUGUAAUGAGAACCAGUACACUUGUGUGGUGGAGCACAAGACUGAGAAGACUGAGAAGAUUCUGACUGUGAAUAUGACCCAGAGGAGCAAACCUGGAUCAGAUGCUUUAUAUAUUCUAAUCAUUAUUAUCCCAGCUUUUGUUGCACUGAUCGCACUUUAUGUACAUAAGAACUGCAGGAAGGAAAUCAAAGCUCCCAGCAAGGGGAUAUUCUAUAAGAACACUCAAAACUUGCUGACAGAACAUGAACAGGCUCUUAUUUCCACUCCCUCUUAAAGAUUUCCAUCCUCUCCAGAAACCUGUGGUGUAUGAAUGAGCAGCACCUCAUGGUACCUUCACAGAGAUACACAAAAUCACUUUCCAGAACCUUUACCUUCACAGUUCCUCACUGGUGGAAUGAUCUUCCCAACCCUACCUGGACAGCCGAGUCCUUUUAUAAAGUUCUUAAGACUUUUAAAGACUAUUUUACAUGAUAGUGAGAGUUCAUACUUUUACCUUUUUUUCCAUCUCUAGUCUUGAGAUUUUGCAUCUUAGCAUUUCUUUUGGAAUGAAUAACUUUAGCCACUUUUCAAAAUUCAGGGCCAAACCGUUCUAUUUUGCUUAACCGUUCCAUUCCGUGCUGAUCCGGCCCAGCCAGUAUGGAUAUGGUUUCAUUUUCCACAGCUCCUUGGAAUGUAACACAAAUGCGUCAGUCAUUUGACGCAAGAGUCUAAAGACGUUAUGAGAUGUUAUGAGACAUUAAGAGAAACUGACAGAAGUGACCAAUCCUGAGUGGAAACGUCAGUGCACAUAUUCUUCCACCUCAGUUUCCAUGCCGAUUUGUAAUCGUGCUGUGCUGAACUAAGCUCGAGUGGAAAUAUAACUGUAACCAUUUCUUUCCGUUCUUAGAACCGUUCUAGAACCGAUUUGCCUCUAAACAACCUCAUAUAACUAAGAUAUGACCCAGUGCCAUUUUUUAUAAAGAUACUAGAGUGCAUUUUCCCAAACAGAAGUGCAGAGUUCAUUUGCAAAAACAGAUCUCCAUUUUCAUUAAUUCUCAUAAAUCAGGUUAGUCAGCUUUGAUGAAAUUACCCUCAGCUAGAGCAUCUUUUCAAAGUGACUAGCAGCCUUGUCACCUGAAUACUGUGCGCUGAUUUGCUAAAACUGACUUAUCAGUUUGUGUACACAAACAACAAGGGUGCUUGUCAGUUUCUGUUGUAAAACGGGAACUCGCAAUGCCUUGACAGUGGACAAUACCGUUUUUUUUGACAAAAUGUAUUUUUUUAUUCAAAACAUAGGUGUACGUACUAUAUAUGUGCCUUAUUUUCUUUCUGUCUUACUGUCACAGUCAUAUGUAGUUUCUCCAUCUUGCUUAAAGUGUUCACCCAAAAAUUACAUUUCUGUCAUUAAUUACUCACCCUCAUGCCGUUCCACACCUGUAAGACCUUCGUUUAUCUUCAGAACACAAAUUAAGAUGGCUCAG